AUGCAAUCGUCGCCCGUUAAUCCUGGCUCGGACGAUGAAAUGUUCCCCGACGAAGCCCUUCCAAACAACCCAGCAACACCGCACAACUCCAAUCUCACAGGCGUAAACGAAAUCUCACCACCAAACUCCCAGCCUACGACUCGCGAGACGCUCGGCGUCAACUCAAACGGAAAGCGCCCAUUGUCUACCGGUCUGGCGCAAGCAGCUACAAGCAACGGCACGGGCGGUAGCGGGACACACCAGGAUGCUGAGACAGGUUAUCAGUGGAGCAAGCAAGAGGAUCAGCCGGGCUUUGAGUGGAAGAACACUAGGGCGAGGGAGGAGGAGGCCAGGGCACUGGACAGCAUCGUCGACAAGGGCAGUAUGGUUAGGCUGCGUUAUGGUGAUCCGCUCGAUGCUAGCAUACUCCCCAAGACGAAGCGCUGA